CAGAGAUGCUGGGGGUAGAGUAUAGAUUUACAGUUAUAUCCGACGAGGAAUCUGAUCACGUAAAAUGUUUACAUUCCUGAUCAUAACGUUUCUUUUUCAAUCAGCAAGACUCGAGCAGUUUCAGUUUACAAUUCCGUGUAACUGUGAGAUCGGAAAGACAUGUAAUGCUAACAGUAAUGAUACAUUGGGAGGAUGCCAAUGUAUGCGGGGAUUCAGUGGAGAGAACUGCACGGAUAUGGAUGAAUGUACAGUCGGUGAAAAAGAUCCGUGUUUUCACAGAGGAUUUUGUGUCAAUACUAUAGGAAGCUUUAGGUGCAGUUGUCUGGAUUCUUGGACGGGUUCUCACUGUGACAAGAACGUUACCAGUAAUAUUACAUGUAUGCCUGGGUAUAGCGGAGACAGUUGCAAAAUUGCACUCUGUGUACAUGGAUAUGCUGUAAAUAGUAUGGAUGCAAUAAUCCCGUAUACAUGUCAUUGUGAUAGAGGUUGGAGACAUGAUCAUAAUGAUGAUCCAUGCACCAUAGACAUAGACGAGUGCGCAAAGAAUACCAUAUUGUGCAAAAAUGGCGGUACAUGCCGUAACACCAACGGUUCAUAUGACUGCGACUGUAUAAAACCAUGGGAAGGCCAAAAUUGCACCUAUUAUAACUCAUGUUUGUCGAAUCCGUGUCAAAACGGCGGAAAAUGCACAAAGUCUGGAGCCGACUAUGAUAAAACUCACAACUGUACUUGUAAAGCCGGAUGGCAAGGUUUUAAUUGUUCUACUGAUGUAAAUGAGUGUUCGCUGAACGAAAAGGUUGUGUGUUUCAAUAAUGGUAACUGCACUAAUACACUUGGUUCAUACACGUGCAAGUGUGACACAGGCUGGUCAGGUGCAAAUUGUAAUGAAUCUACAUUCACUUUAUCAACUGAACAACUAUUCGUUGUUUCAACAAAAGUUCCUUCAUCAGAACAAACACAAAAUAUAUCAAUAAGUUAUACGGACAAAAAUGAACAAUCAACUAUUGCUUCGACUACUGACAUGUCCUUUGUUAAAGAAACAACUACUGAAACUAAAACGUCAUCAUACAAUACAAAUGCAGAAACCACUUCUUCCAUUACUGAAACAACCGUACAAUUGUCAAACUACUCUACAUAUACCAGAACCUUACCUGCGAAUUCUAAUAAAAUUAUUUCUAGUAAAUCAGACGAACCAUCUAAUAAACCAAUCACUAAACCAGCCAACCCUACUACUAAACCAAACACAGAAGCAAACAACUUGACUACUACAGUGAUCACUGAAACAAACAGACCAUCUUAUAGAAAGAUCACUGCAACAGAUAUACCAACUGCUACAAUGAUAAAUAAAACAAACAAACAAUUAACCAAAAUGAUCACCAACACCCAAAAGAAUCUGAAAGAAACAACAAAAGAAGAUAAAACACCAGCUAUUGUUGGAGCAGCUGUGGGUAGUAUUAUCAUCGUAGUUGCUGCGUGUGUAGCCGGCUACUUUCUCUACAAAAGGAAACAUGCAAGAGUUGCGUCAGAAAAUAUAACAAAUGACAUGGAUAGAAAUAAAAAAAUUGAGGCAAAGCGGAUAACCAAAAAAGAAGCCAUUGAACUUCCAAACUGUUAGGGACAGUGCAAAUAAAUGGUUGUGGAAAACACUUUGAUGAAUUGACAGUUGUUCCUAUUUCUAAGUUAUAUCAGUCUAUAACUAAGUUCAAUCUUUCUUUUAAUGACUGAUGUUUUUGUGGAUUAAACAAUGUUCAAUAGAUAACGUGUAUUUCAUGUCAAUAUGUUAUCUUAAAAUGUUUACCCUAGCGUCUGUAGGUUACAUUAUACUAAUUUAGUAUCGCCUUUUUUGAAGAUAAAUAAAUAUAUGCAUAUAAGAAAAUUAGCCUGUUUUUAACACCCUCUAAAAAUUCGCUCAUGAAAAUUCUAGUUAAGAGACGUGUGUUUAGAUGGUUUUUACUCAAUGAAUAAAACUAAAACCUGGACAUUCACAUUGAAAGUUGUCUAGAGCUAGAUUUCUCAAUCUAAUAGCCAAAAAUAUAACUGUUAUAUAAGAAUAUGACUAAUUAUACCUUAUUUCAUCUAUAAAAUGGAAUCACAUUUUGGAGUAAUUCACAUAUUUCCGCACAGGUUAUAAACAUUCCUUCUAGUUAAUAGUAAUUGUCUUUAAAUUUAUUGGAACUUUUUGAUCGCCGCGAUCAUUUUGAAUAGGACAAGUAUAUACGCGCUGGGGAAAAUAUUUCAUGAUGGACCUGUGAAUUAUUUACUUAUGGGUGAAACAGGUCUCAUAAGCGUAAGCACGACUAGCUUCUACUGAUUAUAAAACAUACCGUACGAUUUGUUGUGAAUUAACUGUUGUUGUACUUUUAGUAGUUCAACCGCCACCCUUGUUUAAGAGCAACAUUUAAAAAACACGUUUUUUUUUCAUCCUCAAGUAAUAAGUAAGUAGACUCGCCCAGUUUAAUCAAUCUAGACGCACAAUCUAAUUUUAUACAUAGAGCGCGUACU